UUCAAAUGAUAUGACGAUUGAAAAUAAGAAAAUAAAUUUUAUACAAAAUAAUUGAAUAAUUUGCGAAUUACUAUUGUUAGUUUUUGUCCCGAGCGAUGUUGUCAACUCGCAUUUUCUAGAAUCGUAAUUAAACGCUACGGUGCCUUGCCGCGUAUGGAAAGAUCAAUAAACGCAGAAGCUGGUCGCGACUCGUAGCGCAGGUUAUUCCAGAAUGACGUAUCACAUCGUCGUGUAGGUUAUGUGUGACAGCUAACCUAGCAAUAUUGCGUGCAUCAAAUACGUUGAGAGGUUUUAAAACCGGCGAUCGACAGUUCGUGCGUAUGUUUCUAACGUGAAUUUGAACUUUAAACGAGGAUGGAUAAUAACGUCGCGAGUGAAAAGAGGCCUCAGACAAACGAGGAGAUAAUAGACGAGCUGACCAAAGGCCUUGAGGAUUCGGCGAUUAGGCAAACACCGACGGAGUCCAGAGGCGAAAACAAAGAGAGUGAAAAGGACAAAGUACAGCCUAGUACGAGGGUCGGUAAUGAUAAAAUUAGCGACGAUCCUUUCGCGGCGAUAGGAAAGGACGAAGAUGAAGACGAGGAACAGGAUGGAAAGAAAAUCACCGAACUACCGGAUGAUUUCAUUGACGAAGAGGCUCUGAAGGACAGAGAAGUCGACUUGACGGAGGAGCAGAGAGAGGCGCUGAGGAAGGACGCGGAGAGUCUGAAGAACGAGGGAAACGAGCUUUUCAAAAGCGGUGAAUAUCAGAAAGCCAUGGACGCUUACACCAGAGGUAUACAAACCUGUUCGCUCGCCUUCGACAAGGACAGAUCGAUUCUUUAUGCUAACAGAGCGGCGGCGAAGAUGAAAUACAUGGAGAACAAAGACUCCGCUAUAUCGGACUGCACCAAAGCGUUGGAACUGAAUUCUAGUUACUUGAAGGCUUAUUUGAGGAGGGCACAGCUCUACGAAGAGUCUGAUAAACUCGACGAAGCCUUGGAGGAUUUCAAGAAGAUUCUUACCUUCGACCCGGCGCAUAGCGAAGCGAAUUACGCUGUCAGGAGAUUACCGCCGUUGAUCGCGGAGAGAAACGAGAAGUUGAAAACAGAGAUGAUAGGGAAGUUGAAAGACCUCGGAAAUAUGGUCUUGAGACCAUUCGGCCUUUCCACAGACAACUUUGAGCUGAAACAGGACCCUAAUAGCGGCGGAUACUCCGUUAACUUCAACCAAACGCCAAGAUAAUAUUGAAAGAGCGUAACGAUUGCUUGACACAAGGAACAGAAGACAUAUGGCUUUCUAUAAGUAUGAAAUCAUCUAUAUGUUUAAGUUUACUCAGAAUAAAGAGACUCUGGUACGUCACGUUA